GCAUUCAAGAUUGCCCUCUAUUCUUUUGCUUUUUGUCUGUCUCAAAUCUCAUCAUCACUACCACACACUGAAACAAGAGAGCGAGACUCGAAAACACUGAAAACAAACUACCGAUUUCGAUCGGAGACGAAUAUCUCUGACAAGUGACUCCGUUUCCCAUUAAGAUUUACAUAGUUAUUUUGUUUUCUGUAAUUGGGGAGGUCGGUUUGUUCUGAAAAUGGCGAUGAAAGCACCCGUUACUGGAUUGAGCUUGGCAUCGUCACCAUCUUGUUCAUUACAUGCCUCUUCUAACAGGCUUGUAGUCCUCGGGAGGAGACCCCUCAAAACAUCUUUUUUUAAUGGUGGAGUUUCAGGGCUAAGGGUAACAUAUUCCAACAGAUUAAGAUGUACUGCACAUGGUGGAGGUGCUCUUGGUGCUAGGAUGAACCUUUUUGAUCGGUUUGCUAGAGUCAUCAAGUCAUAUGCAAAUGCAAUCAUAAGCUCCUUUGAAGAUCCAGAGAAGAUAUUGGAACAAACUGUGCUUGAAAUGAAUGAUGAUUUGACAAAAAUGCGUCAAGCCACAGCACAGGUAUUGGCAUCUCAGAAGCAGUUGGAAAACAAAUACAAAGCUGCACAAAAAGCUUCUGAAGAUUGGUAUCGUAGGGCACAACUUGCUCUGGAGAAAGGAGAUGAAGAUCUUGCUCGAGAAGCUCUGAAAAGGCGUAAAUCUUAUGCUGAUAAUGCAAAUGCUUUGAAAGCUCAGCUUGAUCAGCAGAAGAAUGUUGUUGAGAACCUUGUCUCAAAUACUCGGCUCUUAGAGAGCAAGAUCCAAGAGGCAAAAUCAAAAAAAGAUACUCUCAAAGCACGUGCUCAGUCAGCAAAGACUGCAACCAAAGUAAGUGAGAUGCUGGGGAAUGUCAAUACAAGUAGUGCUCUUUCAGCUUUUGAAAAGAUGGAGGAAAAGGUGUUGGCCAUGGAAUCUCAAGCGGAGGCACUCAGUCAGCUGACUACUGAUGACCUUGAAGGAAAGUUUGCAUUGUUAGAGAGCUCGUCAGCAGAUGAUGAUCUUGCAAACUUGAAGAAAGAACUAGCAGGAAAGUCAUUGAAAGGAGAGCUUCCACCUGGUAGAGCAACUGUAAGCAGCACAAAUGCAGGAUUUCCUUUCCAAGACUUGGAGAUCGAGAAGGAGCUCAAUGAACUAAGAAGAAAGGCCAAGGAAUUCUAGAGUUUAUCUUGUUUGCCAUAUGAGUAAAUUAAAAGAGCCCUUGCCUUCAUUUGGCCAUUGGUUCCUUUUUUCAUCAGAAAGUUCCGAUGCAUGGAAAAGUGCCAACUUCAUUUCAGAAAUUGAAAUGGGCUAAACAUGUGAUGGAGGAGAUGCAUGGAUUAGACUAUGCACAAUGUUUAACACCAUGUCUAUGGUGUUUAUUUAUUCGCAAAAUCUCUUGUUUUUGUUUGAUCCCCAUAAUGGCCGAUCAUUGUAAAUGUAUAUUUAGAUAAUGGAAAUGCAUUUUAAGAUGAUGGAUUGUAUCACUGAAAUGGCGCAAUUUUAUGUAUCAAGUGGUUAUCAUUUGUUAGUGUUUAA